AUGACGAAUCGUUUAGGAGCUCUCCGAAGUAAGAGUGGCGUUUCAGGUGAUAAACCACCGCCAGUACAGGUUAGCCCUAAUGAUCCAUUUGCUAAUUUUUGGAACAAUUAUAAUUCUGUUCAAAGUAAAAUUGAUGACAUUGACGAAACGUUAAAUGAUAUUCAAGCGCUUGAUGAUGAUUUACAAAAAAUACAGGAUCAAGAGGAAGCUACUGAAAAACAUGAAGAACUUAAAGAAAAACUUGGCUCAAUUACAGGAAAAGCCAAUCAAAUCAGACAAGAUAUCGCCAAACUACGAGAGAAUGUCGAUAACUUAGCUGAUGAAUAUCCAGGCUCUGCCCAAGUUCGUCUUCAAAGAAACCAUCUUCAUGUUCUUUCAAAUAAUUUUGCAGAAGUUAUUAACCGUUUCACAACAAUUCAAGAAGAAACAAAGCAGAAAUUCGCAAAACAAGUAUCAAGACACUAUGCAAUCGCAGGAAUUAAACUUGAUGAUGAUAUGGUUCAGAAAAUUAUUACCGAAAACCCAGAUGCCCUUCAGCAAAGUGUUUUCCAGAUCCAGGGCCAAUCUGCGGCAACGGAAGAAAUCGUUGAUACUUAUAAUAAAAUUGCUGCUCGUCAUGAGGAUAUUUUGAGCAUUGAAAAGAGCUUAUCUGAUCUUAUGGAGCUGUUUGUACAAUUCUCCAUCUUAAUUAAAGAUCAGGGCCGUCAAAUAGAUAAUAUUGAAGCAAACAUUGCACAAGCUACAGAUUACGUCCAAAGAGGUGUUCAGCAUCUUGAAGCUGCUAGAGAGCACCAGAAAAAGAGUAGAAAAUGCCUUUGGAUGGGUAUUGGCAUAGCAGUGGUUGUUUUAGUUGUUCUUAUCAUAGUUGUAGUUAUGACAACAAAGAAUAAGAAGUAA